AUGGCGUCGGACGACGACUACAUGGCCUUCCUGGACAAGGCCAACCAGGACCCGAGCGAGGGGCAGGCCAAGCCGCAGAGCUCGGACAAGCAGAAGGGGGAGUUCAAGGCCACGGACGACGGGGCGGCAGUCCCGGCCGCGCUCAAGGAGGCGACCAAGGACAGCUUCUACGUGAGCGACGCGGACGAGCCGUUCGUGCCCGUGUGUCUGGCGUGGGACGAGGGGGGCAAGGGGUUGCCGGAUGAGGAGGAAUUCGCAUCCCUGAUACACCACCCGGACCCCGCGAGCGCCGAGAUCGAGAUCCAGGACCCGGCCGACUGGGACACGCAGGGGCAGUACAGGGCGAUCCUCGACGCGGUCACGAAGGCGGGCAAGGGCAACGACGUGCGCGUGUACCGGGUGGCCAAGGGCAAGGGCGGCGUCAAGGUCGAGUACUGGGUCGUGACGACGGAAGGCAAGGGCGCGGGGGCGAAGCUCGUGGGGGCUAAGGCGUUGGCUGUUGAGAGUUGA